CGCGGCCCGCGGAACGGGACGGGAAGCGGAAGCGGGCGGCGCUUCCGGCGCCCCGCGGGCGGCCAUGUUGGAGCGGCGGGUGCGGCGCAGCGGCGGGCGCUGGUCUGGCGGCAGCCGGUGUCAAGGGUUGUUUUUCCAGUAAUUUGGACCUUUUUGAAGCACCUGCUUGCCUAAUGCCAUGAAUAUUGCAGUGAACAAUGAGGAAGAGAAAGCUGUCCAUUCCUGGUCAAGAAUUUCCUCUGCAGGACAGAAAGUGCUGGAGGAAGCCCUCCGAGUCUUCAACCCGAUGUCCAAGGACCUUUCGGACACAGAGACCCAGCUGGUGGCCUUCAUCCAAGGCCUGAAGGAGGAGGGCUACCAGCCCACGAUUCUGAGGAGUAAGGAUGUGUACGGGUAUAGCUCGUGCACAGCAGUCGCACCCAGUCAGACGGAAGAGAACACACAGCACAACUGUGCCAGCACCACUGAGCCCACUCAGAGUCCAGCCAGGAACUCAGUGGCAAAAGUGGCGCCUCUGCCCACCAGCAUUCCAGUGAGCUCUUUGAAAGAGCUCUCCAGUCAGCCAAUCUCUAAAGGGGAUUCCACAAAUCUCCUCUUGAGCUCCUUGAAGCAGACAGGAUCCGGCACAUCCAAGGGAGCAGCAGUGGGCUUCCCUAAAAGCAUGUAUCCUGACGUGUAUCCAGCUAUGAGACUGUCAGUGGUUCUGGAAGCUCUGGUGCCACUAAAAACUGCAACGUCCUGUUUAGAAUCCAAGUACACACAAGGGCAUCUUGGGAUCUCUGCCUCAGACCUUAAACUCCUCAAGACUUCAAGUCCACCAAGGCAGUUUGCUUCAGGCAAGAGCACAAAAAUAACUGAAGGCAAGGGGUACAAGCGUUCAGUUAAGAAAGCACCAGAUUCUGCCACCUGUGCUUUAAACCUGCUGAAGGGACUAAAGGGUGGGGUGCUGCAGGAGAGCAACGCCUGCAAAGCCUCUGGAGUUCUCAAUGGGAGAGUCACAGGCAGCUCGUCCCAGGACUGCACUACAGCACCACAGCCCAAGACCUUGAAAAUGAAAAAUAAGGAGGCUCUGGUGGGAAAAACAGAGUGGAAGAACAGCAGCACUUACCAGGACAGCACUGGGCAGAAGAGAAGAGCUACAGAGGCAAAAGAAGCACCACAGAGGAAAAAAGCAAAUACCAUUCCUGUCCGAAAGAAAACUCGGCAGGCUCAGAGCACUUUGAAGCUGCUGAAAUUCCGGACCAUCAAGGUGGGGAACUCUUCCUCUGAUGAUGAAGUGAGGAGGAGAGCACAGAAGAUUCUUAGGGUCAAUCUGUCCCCUGUGAUCCAAAUUCAGCCUUUGUCCCAUUCUCAUAGUGUCCCCUGAGUUUCUUCACUUUGUCAUUUUCUUUUGUAAGUAAGUAAAUACGAGCCUGGCACCAGAGCACAGAGAAGUUUAGGAGUGACUCUGUGUCUCUGAUGCCAGUAUGCCCACUAACCUGCAGACAGAGCAGCCCACUCUCGUGCUGUUCCUGCCUGUCUGCCACUGCUGUGCAGAACUGGCUGCAGAAAUCCAAACCCCUGUUUGGGAGUAUGGGAUGGUGACUCCAGCCAGCACCAAGCUGAGCAGGCAGGAGAGCUCACUUCCCACCACGCUCCCUGAACGUGGAAGGCUGUGCUCUUGUGCAGGGGAGGACACAGGACUUUCUCAUGACAUUGAUGCACUGUGAUAUUGCUCUUUUUCAAGCUGUACAUUUACCGGUUUUAUUUUGAUCAAAUUUUAUAACUUUAUUAUCUCUAUAUCUAUAUAUCCAUAUUUGUGCAUAUGGCCCAGGAAUUGUGGGAAGAUACACUUCCUCUAUCUCUUUGGGAUUUGGUUUGCUAGCUUUUGUUCCUCUUCCCCUUCAGCUAGUCUUUUGUUGAAAGGUGCCAGGAUUCCUUUGUGAUUCAGUGUUGUGACAGUCUGUCCUGAGCUCCCUUGAGCAGCUCAGAGGCAGCAGCGUUGUAGCCACUUGUUUGUCUCCAGAAUGCCAAACAAUCUGGAGAAUUACCAGCUGGUAGUUUUAAUCCUGGUUUUGGUAUUACCUCUGUAUAACUGUGGGGGAGUGUCACAGGGCUGCAAGUCUUUCUGAUGUCUUUAGGCACUCCCUCCCUUUGUGGGUAGCAGAAGUUUUGAACUCAUGGUGGGAUUUGCCUCCGAAGAGGAUUCCUCCUCAGUACCCAAUAUUACUCUGCUCUCCUGUACCCAGGUGCAGCUAUGGAUCAGGAAUUAUGACUGUUAGAGCCAAAGGGCUUUAAUUGUUAGCAGGAAUUGUGUAGUGUCCUGACUACCACGUAACUGCUUGGCUAUUGCUGGGUGUUCCAGGAGCAGAUUCCAGGUGCCGGUUGAGAAGACUGUUGGUUUUGGCUGGAGUUAAACCACAACAGAGACACAGGCUGUGUUUGAAUGUAUUAGCUACAUCCUGCCAGUCCCAGAGCUCAGUGGGAUACUUGAGCCUGAGUUAAAGCAGAAAAGCAAAAAGUUUGAGGGGACAUAAACCAGCACUUAAACAUAGAGAGUUGAAUUCUGUGGUUUGUGGGGAUGAAGCAGUAGGAGGGGAGAUGGGCACCAUGUUGAGAUGGGUGGCAGCCUUGCUGUGCUGUCAGGGAUGUUGCGAGAAGGUGUGUGGCAGGUGUGAGAGCUCUAUGUGGAAGGAGUGCAGGCUCUGCCGUCCCCAGGAGGCACUGCAGAACCGCUGCAGAUGGCUGCAGUCACCUCCUUGCACUGGGGGCACGCUGUCAGAUGAGAACACGGCUCUGUGCUCUCUGCGCUCCACAGGGAGGGAGGUACUAAUCCCAGGAGAAACACCUUGUUGGAGCAGUUAGUGCUGCUGCUGUCACCUGGAAGGAGCAACCUGGUGUCCUGGGGAAAGGAAGAGGCAUUGGGCUGGACAUGGGCCUGGCUCCAUAUACUCUGAGCUGUAUGCUCAGAUCUCUGCAGCACUAGUGUAAUCCACUCAUUCUCUCACUAGCUCAAAAUACCAGUUUUCUGACCUAGUAAUCUCUGUGGACAUUUGCUGAAGGGAUGAGCUCCCCAGGGAAGUCCAACCUCAGUUGCUGUCAGAGAUCAUAACUUGCAGUGUUUGAGACUGACCUGUGAAGCCACUGCUUGGCUGCCGAGGAGGAAGAAAUACUUUCUUCUGCUUCUGUGUUUUAAAAUGCCCUGGCAGAGGGUUCCCUGUCCUGACCUGAUGCUGGAUGAACAGGGGCUCUCCAUCACUGUCAACUGGCCAAAAAUUGCUUUGUUCCUUUUGUUCCCACUCCUGCAGGCCUUUCUCAUUCCCACGCUCUCAAAUGCCAGGUCUUGAAGUCCUGCACUGGUGUUUCUCUUUUGGGCUGUUUCCCGAGGAGGGCUCUGAACUCCUGCCUGCAGUAUUGCUGUCAGGCUGCUCACAAGCUUCCCCUGUUCCCAGACCCUUAUAAGGGCACUGAGAGCUGUCUUUGGAGCCUCCUUAUCCAGCACAGACGUCCCAGCUGAGCACUUGGCCUCCGCUGGGAAAAACAACGUGCAUCAACAAGGCUGAAUCCAGGUCGCGGUCGCUUUUUCUCCAGCCUGAGCGGGAAGCUGAGCACCUCAGGCCAACUUACCAGGCCACAUCCCUCCUUAUCGCUGUGUCUUCCCCCAGCUGCACUGCUGCCUGUCUCCCCACUCUUUCCAUCACCUCUUGUCUUUCACAGCUUGGGUCUCUGCCAGUCAAGGACUUGACUUGUCCCGUUGCUUAACGCAUCCAGCACAGCAUCCACCCUUAGUGCUGCCAUGCCUUUCCCAGCACUGAGCUGAGUUCUCUGCAUGCUUGGUGAUGACAGUUUGCCCUGUGUCCUUCCCAGGUUAUUAGCAAAAGGUUUUCUGCUCCACAGGGAGAGACAAGCUUUGGAAACCCUUCUGUGUCACUGAAACUCCUGCCAGGGAAGCGAGCACUCCAUAGGUGUGUGCUCAGGGACUUGCUCAUCACCAGUCCCGUCUCUGUCAGCUCUCCUGCACAUCUCUAACAGACCACAGGGCCCUGAGCGACAGGGCUGUGCUGGACCUCCAUUCUCUGCCCUCCUGUUGUCUCUUCUUCCUCUCGCAGGUGCUUCGGGAACUUGACAAAGGGUUGCAGGCUUUAAAGCCUCUGGCCAGUGCCAGCAACUGCUGCCCAUCAGCCAGUACUGGCAGAGGGGGUGCCUCAGUCUGGCACAGGUUGGCUCCACCGUCCUUCAGCUUGUGCCCAGGUGUGGAUGAUCCUGGUGUCCUGGGCACAUAACACUGAUGUGCACGAGGCUGCAGAGCGGCUCUGUGUGGGUGCUACACUGUGCUGUUAAAGGAAGAUGAGGGGUUUGAUCAAGCCAGAGCUGCCUAAGACCUGAUCUAACCAUAGGUCUCCCCCACAGGUCCCUUUCAUCCUGUGUUAUUCUCUGGCAGCUUAGUAACACUUCCAGGGAUCUGUGCAACAGUAACUGGCAGGGCCCAUAGAAAUGCAUUGCCCAGAGCACUGUGGUCUCUGCUGAGCAUGUGGUAUGCACCUUGUUCAGACCUGUUUCUGUAUUAGUCACUUUGAAUUCAUCCAAGUGCCUAACCUGGCCUGUGUUGUUCUGGGCACCGUGACAGCCGAGAGCUUUGGAGACUCUCUUAAGAAUGCUUUUAACGCAUGGAUUUGUGCCACUGUCACUUCUAGAAACAAUUCGGCUAGCAGUCAAAGGGCUGUUCUUCCAACUGAUUUUUUGGAAAUAACUUCUCCUUUUAUUCAGCUGCCAAGAAGCAGUUUAUGCUUCCCCUCCACCAGACAAGGUCCUUGAGCUUCCUGCAUGCUUCAGAUGUCUGUCAGCAAGGUCCAUGGGGAGAGUAGCUUGUCCAGCAGGCAGCUGAAGGGGAAGCUGACAUCAGAUACCAGUUGAAAUCGCAAUGUUAAUUGGUAGAAAUGUUCUGAAGCUCAUGUCCACUGUGAUCAGAUUUCACCAUCUGCCACUGCUUAUGGUUGUAGAAGUUUCUCCUCAGCCUCUUCCCUGCAAGCCAUGUAGCAUUUUGCUGAUGGUGCUUCUAAACUAUUUGCAUCUCGUCAGAGCCAGCUGCUACAGCAAUCCUUGUACAGAAUUUGUUAAGCACUUUUUUUGCAAAAUAAGGAAGGAUUAUUCUGUUACUCCUGCUAGACAGCCCAGGAGUGUGUGGAGGAGUGUGCUCUCUGGAGUGCUCACCUCACUGGACACCUCUCAUACUAGUUCAUACUAACAGGGCUGGUGUUAGUGGGUUGAGAUCCCCCCAUUGCCUGGUGUUUCCUUGAAUGGAGUUCAGCCAGUUGCCAGCUAAGAACGUGGCCAGGAAAUCGACAGCAGAAGGGCACAGAUGGGUGAUGGUUGCACAUGUAGCUCCAUGGUCCUGCUCCACAGCUGCCUGUGUUCUGUGGCCUGUCCUCCAGACCCCCCUGGUACACUAGGAGCACUCUUCCACCCCAGCUCCAGCUGUGGCAGGAAGGGCUGGGAGGCUUGGGUUUUGGAAUUGAGCACAGAGUUUGUGCCCUUUUAAUUGUGACUUGUGCUGUGUUCAUGACCAGAACUUGCCAGCAUGUGAAGUAUUCAGCCACCCCAACAGUUCUUCCCCUUUGGAUCUAAGUUCCCUGCCCUGUCUAGGAGCUGGGCCUUUGGCCAUGGCUCAGGGGGUCCCUGGGUAUGGAGAGCAGGUUUGUCUCUCAGCUCCAGCUGGGCAGGGUGACUCGAGCUGGGCAGCUUCCCAGGCAGGAAGGCAGGUUUCCGUGGGAGGAGCCUUUAUUUGGCCGUGGUUGGCAGGGUCAGUGCAGAGCUGUGGAACACUGGCUGCUCAGCCAGGCUGGUUGGUUUGUGUGGAAGUGAGAGUUUGUUUUUCAGUCUUCAAAAUGGCACUGGCCUCUUUGCUCCUGUGCUCAGAUGGGGAUGGCCUUCCAGGAGGCAAGAUGACCAACAGAGAGGACAGCAGUUUGGGGAUAUCUGGCACCUUCCUGAUUAUGCUGCAGCCCUCAGCUUUGCCAGCUGGGUGGGCUGGCACAACCUGUGGAGACCACAGCAGGGCAGGAUGCUCCUGAGCCCUCACAUUUGGGUCUUUGCUACAGAGCACCAUGCUAGGGUUUCCCUCUCCUUGCAGCCUGUUUUGCCUGGAGCUGGAUGCCGUUAGGAAGAUGCCAGGUGCCUUGGAGGAAUCUUGUUCCAGAAGAUAUGAGAGGCCAGCCUUUGUCACCAGGUCAUCCCUGAGUGUGAAAUGAAGCUUGUCUGUAGGUGUGACACUGCUGACACUUGCAGGUAGGCCAGCAGCUGCCUCCAAAGCCGUGGUGCUGAGGCCAGACUCCUCCCUUUGCUUAGGAACACCAAGGAAAUCUGGUGAAAAAGUGAGAAUCUGAGAGUAGGGAAAGCUAAAGAUGCCAGCAGCACCUGGAUAGCCAGCAGCCUGCGGCUUCUGUGUCUGCUGCAGGAGAUGGGCAAACAGAGGAGCCAAGGCUGUGGUGUUCUGCAGCACUGUCUUUCUUCAAUCCCUGCCUGGCCGCAGAGCCUCCCUUGCCCUGCCUGGCAGGAGUACCCAGACACUGGUGCUGCAGGUGAGUGGGAGUCGUUUUGGAUCAUGCACCCCCCACCCUUUCAUUUCCACCUUUCAUCAGACUCACAAUCACGUGGCCUCCAAAAUACCUUCCCCAGGGAGUCCCUUAAUGGCCUUAUUACCGUCUGGGACUCUCUCCUUAUUGUCUUAAUUAGCCCUUUCCGUUCCUGUGUUCCUGUGGCUACAGGCAGCCCCUGUGAGUGUCUGGUGAUUCCCACAGACAGUCAGGCACAUGGUGCUGUUUUAAAAGAGAAGGUGCUGCGAAGCUACCCACAGAAAUGCCUCCCCUCCUGCCCCUGCUCCACCACACUGCCAGGCCUGUGUUGGGACAAAAUGAGUACUGGUGUUUGUUCGUGGAAGGGAAGGCACCAUGUGAUGCCCUCCCUCCUCCUGGUUCCUGAGGAGUAGCAUUUCCUGAGCAGGGGUACAGCAGCUGCUCUGAGUGAUGCAGGGGCUCUGGGUGGGCAGUGCCCAGCCACUUGCACUACUCUCUGCCAGCCAGCAUCUCCAUGAGAGCUGUCUCCACACCACAGCAUGACCAACCUGCUCCGGCUGAGACCGGCGCCACGGGCUCUGCUGUGGCAUUCCCUGGCGUUUGGGCAUCCCAAGCAACGGCUGGGGAGCAGCAACUGCAGCAUGCAGGAGGGCGAGUAACAAACUUUGUAUGAUGAUUUUACAAAUGACCAUCUUGUUCUUGAGUGAACUUUUUACCGUUUCAUUUGUUUGUGUAGAAUGUUCCUGAAGUUCUAAUAAUAUUUAAUGUUAAUAUGAAGCUGGGCUGUUCCACACUCAAUGUUGUAUAUUUUGGAAUGGCAUUGCUUAGUGAAAAGACAGCGUUAGUAUUAUUCCACUCUUUGGAAGGGAAUGGGACAAAAAACAGACUGUCUUUUUUCUUAAAUGAAGUGAACUUUUUGUUAUCAAGUCCUAGCAGGUGUCCAGCCCUUCAGUAAAAUGGUGCUCAGAACCA